AUGAACACCUCCUCUUUUGUCCCGUUUGCCAACAUUAACCUCAACUUUGUUGCCCCAGAAAUAGUCCUCGACUCUGGUGGCGCGAGAUUAGGCGCCCCGAAUGAUAUAUGGUCAUUGGGCCAUUUGAUCAUCUACUUGUUUAACAGAGAAUCUGUUCUCGCCCUCGAAGCUGUAAAUCUAUCGGAGUAUAAACAUGCGAUACAGCUCUUUGAAAAAAAGUUUUGUAACCACAAAGUGUCAGAGUUAGGAUACCUUUUCAAAAGUGUUCCUCACCAGCUUCAGAGCACUAUUAUGAAUCUUCUACGAAGAUAUCCUCAUGACAGGUUCACAAUAGACCAAUUCAUCGAAUCAGACUUUUUUCAAGAUAAUUUGAUGAAGGUGAUGUGUUUCGUUGAUGAGUACUCCUCUAAAUCCUCGAAUGAAAAAAUGGUGUUCUUGGAUGGGAUAUUGACCGAUGCAAAUCUUUUGCCGGCCUUGCCUUCAUCAUUUAAGAUCAAUAAGUUCCUUCCUCUUAUGGUGGACAAUGUAUUGAAAGAAAUUUCCUUUAUACCAACUUCCGCUGCAGAAGACAGUCAUGGAGUUCUUAUCGCGAAAACUCUCAAGAUAGUUUUUCACCUUGCUCAAGGAUUAUCCAAAUUGAGUUUCCAGGAUCGCGUUUUUGAAACACUAGCGACCGAUGGCAAGGCGAAGAAGAAUUCUCAAAAUUUGAUUCGCUCAUUGAUAAACAGUUCUGUUCAUGUUCGGUUGGUUUUUGUUCAAAGUUUGACUCUUUUGAUGGAGAAGUUGAAUCCUAAAGAAGUUACACAGGUUAUCAAGAUGCUUUGUCCUUUGUGUUUGAAGAACACUCCGACCACUGAUCAAUCUCUUACACAUCAGAUUGAAUUGCAAGACCUUUUUUUAAAGAAUGUACUGCAAUUCAUUAACAUUAUUGACUUUCCUUACAUAAAGAGUGAUUUGAUUCCGUUAGUGUGCCAUGUGUUUAAAACUACAACGAUAUUGUCAACGAAAUUACAAGCAAUUGCGACGUUCAAGAUGCUACUGAACGACAAGAUACUUGAUGAAGACACGAUUGUGGACAGCAUAUUCCCCGUGUUUCUCAAUUUGAAAAGUAGAGACAAGAGAGUUGUUUCCUCGGUAAUUGACUACUUCGCUGGGUUGGCUGAGAGUGAUGUUAUAAAAAAUGUACCCUUAUUGAUUGAGUCCGGACUAUCUAAAUGUUUACAAUUGGCUUUUGGAUGUGAAGGUAUCUCAUCGACCGAGUUUUUGGCAUUCGUGAAGACUGUUCGUCAACUUGAAGAUAACUUGAUUCGUCGCAGAGUGAAUCAACUCAAUUCGUCAACUAAUCCUGCGGAUUUAACACCAACUGAUAAUUUCGAUGUCCUCAUCAAGGGAGUAUCGUUAGACAGCAGUAGGAAUUUCUCGAGAAGUUUACCUCUUAAGGAGAGCAUGAGACCGACUCAUGACAUGACGAAGCCAUUGGCUGAGUUGGAAACCGCAGUGCACCCAAGCUCUGAACCGAUGAUCACAGAAUCCAGUUCCAUGCAGAUGAACAGUAAGAAGUUCCUGUCAUUAACCCCUGCAAUUCCGACCCCCAGGGAUGGGGUGUCAAUCCUGAGAAAGAUCGACUUGGCAGAGAACGUCUCAUUUGAUGUGGGAAAAAAAAAAAUUUAA